AUGGCGGCGACAUCCCCAUCCCUCCUUCCCGUUUCCCCCAUGGCCUCUGAAGAAGAAAGAGAGCAAGCACUUCGCGACUACAAGGUCACCAUUGAGUAUAAACAUUUGAAGUCUCAUGCUCCUGGUGGUGUCUUUUUGAUCCCAGGAAUGGACAAUUUGCGACAAUUUUAUGGGGUCAUCUUUAUCCGUCGUGGACCUUACAGCAAUGGGAUUUUCAAGUUUCAACUGAAGCUUCCGCCCAAAUACAAUGCCGAGAAUCAACAUCCGGUCCUUACCUUUUCUGCUUAUGUAUUCAGUCCGUAUGUGGAUGAAACGACAGGAAUCCUGGACAUUAAGAACGCUUACCCGAAAUGGGAUCCAACACGGCAUUAUCUGGUGACAGUCUUGACCUAUCUAAAGAAGAUUUUCUAUACCAAGUCCUUUGUGGAUGCCAAAGCAAAUGACGCGGCGAAGGAACUGGCCACCAAGGAUCCGGUAGCCUUCCGCAAAAAGAUUGAAGCAUGCGUACGGGAGUCCCAAAAAAACAUGUACAGCAAUGAUCCGGGAUCCACUGCCAAAUUCACGGAAGAAGAGGUCUCACACAGCGUGCUCCGAGAUUUGCUCAAACAUCACGUCAAAGACGAGUCGAAAGUGACCAAACAAGCAGUCUUGGCGCAAAUUGAAAAGGCACGAAAAGUGUAA